GGAACCAGGGCAGAAGAAUGGCAGAAUGUCAGAGACUGCCUGGCCUGGGGCCUGCUCUACUUAGUGACACCAUAUAAGCUGCUGUUGAAAGGCAAACACUCCUAAGAAGUUUCUGGAUUCUUCAGGAGGAAGACACCAAAAUAAUUUUCUAAGAACAGAAGAUGGAGAACCUUCUGAUAGUGCUGUUGUUUGCUGUGGUCCUCCUGACAGCCCCCUGCUGUUGUGAAGCAGAUACAAACAGGGCCAUGGAUGAAGGGGUUGAGAUAAAGCGUGAAACAGCCAGUACCUUUGUGAGAAGGCAGAAGAGGUCUUAUCCAUAUUAUGAAAGGUACUAUGAGAUGUUCAAGUCCCCCAUGGAGAUGAAGCAGGAGCAAUGUGAAAACUAUGCACCCUGUGACUACUAUGCGGAAGUAGUGGGAUUUCAUACAGCCUAUCGCCAUUUCUUUGGAAGUGUCUGAGACUGGACAUUUCCUUCAUUUCUUACCUGGCUGGGACAUCUGCAAAAGACAAAUCAAAAUGUUGUGGGGGAGCAGGUACUGGGGAGGGCAGGGGAGGAGAAGCAAAGAAGACUGGUUCCAUGUCCCCAGCAUGCGUCCAAUGUUUGCACAACCAUUUCUCUCCAUUUGCAAAGAAGCACCUACUUCACUCCUUUUCCUAAGUUGCAUUUCUGCCAAUAAUCAGGUGGUCGUUGCCAUGUUGUUGGGGAAAUGAGUCCACUCUAGGUUUUAGUACAAACUUCAAAGGAGCCACAUAAGCUGCAGUAUUUGUUUUGGAGAUGGGGGCCAGCACCUUAGAUCACUCUGUUGAAGUCUGAACUAAACCCCAGAGUUGAUUCAUCACCUCGCUAACAUGGAAGCUGCCAAGCUGCCAACACAUAAGCCCCAACAUUUGCUGGAGGGCCAUUGCCAUUCCGUGAAAAGGGGAGCAGGUAGGGGUGGAUCAGAUAGAAGAAGGCCAACCUGGUGUCCCUUUAAGUGUUCUGAACUACAACUUUCAUCAGCUUAUUCUCAUGGUCAAAUAUAAGGCAUCAUGGGAGUUGUAGGCCCCAAAAUUUGGAGGGUACCGGCUGCUUUUUCCUGGACUUGUUCAAAAAUUGAUCAAGAAGAAUGGAAGCUGAUGAUCAUUUCUGGAGCUGACUUUGUCAGCAUGCACCUUAGAGGAAUACCUAAGGCUGCAUUUUAUUAUAACUUAGAAUAAAAAACAGAAUUGCGAAAAGGACCAAACAUUUUCUGAAAGCAUUCCAAACCAGAGCAUGGAAAAGUUAUUUUUAUGGAUGAAUCUUCCUAGACUCUUGCAUCCAGCAUGAUCACGCAUUAGGGUAUUCUGUAGAGUGCAUAGUACAAAUAAAGUACAAACUUUCCCAAGCUGUGCUCCAAACACUGUCUUUUUGUGGCAGCAGCUGCUGUUUGUGAAAAUUUGAUAGAUGCUUUGGUGGAAUUUAGUAAGAUUCAAAAACACACCAGCCCUUUUCUAGAAUGGUGUGUGUGUGACCUUUCAGGUGUUGUUGGCCUUCAGCUCCCAUCAUUCCUCAUUGAUUAAGAUGACAGUUUGUCUGAAAGCUUUGUUUGCCUGUAGUGAUGUUGUCACUUACAGAAAUUAUCUGGCUAGCUGACUACUACAGUAUUUUCUGGAAGAAGGCCAAUGAAAUAAAAUGUGAUUGACGCAGCCCCUAGGUGGUCUGCAACCAGGCUAGCAGAGUUUGGAAGUAACAAGUUACAAGUAACAGUUACCUGUAACUAGUUACUUUUGGGAUAACAAGAGUGUAAUAAAGCUGUAUUUCAAAAGUAACUAGAAAGUUACUGGUGUAAAAACAGUUUUCAGUUAUGUUCCAAAGCUACUUUUUAAAGAGUAUCUAAAUAGGUAUUGUGAUAGAGAUUUUUCAAGUUUUACUCCAUUUUCACCAAUGCUAAUAGCUCAUCUCCCUCAAAAAAAGUAACCAGCUGUAAUGGAAAAAUAACAAUGAGGGCAACCAGUUAUGUAGGGAAUUAUUUGAUAUCAUUAUUGUGCUAAGUAAUGGCAAUGGACUCUUUUUUUAAACAGCAUAACAAGUAAUGGAGUCCAAAAAUAACUUUUCCAAGCUCUGCUAUUUCAUUCCCAUGUCUUUGCUUACAUGCAUUUGGAAUAGUUUAACAGGAAGAAUGGUAGCAUUUUUUAUGGUUGGAAGAUUGGGAAAAUCAGGAACUAGUCAUGCUGACACUGAGCUUAUCUUCUAGAUGACCAAAAGUGCUGUUUCAUCCUUAAAUUUCAUCCCUCCCCUUUCUGGAUCUCCAAUGGACACAUGCAUUCAUUUAGCUACAGGGAAUAGAGAUAAUUUUUCUUUUAAAAAAUAAACACGUAUAUUAUUUUGAGGAAAUUGCAUUCGACCCUAUAUUAUACAUGGCAUUGGAUGAAAACUGGUGCAAAGAAUGGGCAACUCUAACCACAUUGUGUAUAUAUAUAUAUAUAUAUAUAUAUAUUCCUUUUUGUUAUAUAUUCUAUUGUAUUUGCAAACCAGCUGAUCUGAUUCCUGUAUCGAUUUUUAUUAGACAAAUACAUACUGAUGUUUUGAA